GAAAUAUGACACACAACAAUUCAAACCCUCAAGCAAACAAACACAGAACAUAAUUAUCACGUGACUCUAGAGUUUUCGAACCUACCAAGUGGGGAUGGGUAGUGCGCUUUUUCCAGUCUCUCUGGGUGUCAGUCCCGGCCAUUGAUCAGUUCGAAUCGAUUCAAGAAACAUCCAAAUCGAAAGGGAAGCUGGCAAAGGCAAGCUAUCAAGUUUAUUGUAGAGGGAAACACCAGUGGAAAACACUGAAUCAGGAUGAGAAAUUGGUGAUAUCGGUGUUUUGGGAAGGUUCGAUUUCGCAACCUUCCCUUUCUUAUAUUUCUUAUAUUUCUUAUCCUGAUUCAAUGUUAUCCAGUGGUGUUUUCCCUUCAACAAACUUGGUAGCUUGACUUAGCCAGCUUCUCUUUUGAUUUGGAUGUUUCAUGAUUCUAACUGAGCGAUGAUGGGGGCUGAAACCCAGAGGGACUGGAGAAGUGAACUACCCUUCCCCUCUUGGUAGGGUCCGAAUACUCAAGCGUCACGUGAUCACUUUGUUCCACGCUCUGUCAGCUUCUGUUUUUGUUUGUGAUUGAAGUGUGGUCCCGGUGUCAAAUUCUCCUCUUUUCCUGCCAAGAGGUGUUGAAACUGAGGUUUUGAACAGAUGUGAACAUGGCAAGUAUAUGUUAUGGCAUCAUUCACAGUGGUGAAAAACCUUACAAAUGUGUUCACUGCGAAAAACGUUUUAAAACGGUAGGAGAUCUACAAGGUCACUUUAGAAUUCACAGUGAUGAAAGACCCUACAACUGUACUCAAUGUGACAAAAGUUUUAAUACUAGAAAGAAACUGAAUAAUCAUGUGCGAAUUCACAGUGACGAAAGACCCUUCAAAUGUACUCAGUGUGGAAAAUGCUUUAAGCAACCAGCAGGUUUAUAUGCACACUUAAAGACUCACAAUGGCGAGAAACCCUUCAACUGUACUCAAUGCGACAAAUGCUUUAGUACUGCGGCAAAUUUAAAGCAUCACUUGCAGCGAAUUCACAGUGGCCAGAAACCCUUCAAAUGUACUCAAUGUGACAAAAGCUUUGGUUAUGUGGGAAGUUUGAAUGCUCACGUGCGAAUUCACGGUAGUGAGAGACCCUUCGAAUGUACUCAAUGUGACAAAAGCUUUAUCACGGCGACACAUUUGAAUACUCACAUGCGAAGUCACAGUGGAGAGAAACCCUUCAAAUGUACCCAAUGUGACAAAAGCUUUAGUACUGUGGGAAGUUUGAAUACUCACAUGCGAAUUCACAGUGGUGCAAAACCCUACAAAUGUACUCGAUGUGACAGAUCUUUUAGUCAGGCAGGUAAUUUGCAAUAUCACAUGAUGGUACACAGUGGUGUGAAACCCUUCAAAUGUAAUCAGUGUGACAAGAGCUUUAGAACUGUGGGACAUUUGAAUACUCACGUGCGAAGUCACAGUGUCGAGAAAUCCUUCAAGUGUACUCAGUGUGACAAAAGCUUUAGUACUGUGGGAAGUUUGAAUAGACACCUGCAAAUUCACAGUGGCGAGAAACCCUUCGAGUGUACUCAAUGUGACAGGUGUUUUAAUCAGUCAGGCAAUUUGCAACAGCACAUGAUGGUACACAGUGGUGAGAAGCCCUUCAAAUGUACUCUAUGUGACAACAGCUUUAGGACUUUGGAGAAUUUGAAUACUCACGUUCGAUUUCAGAGUUGUGAGAAACCCUUCAAAUGUACUCAGUGUGAGAAAAGCUUUAGUACUGUGGGAAGUUUGAAUAGACACCUGAAAAUUCACAGUGGCUUGAAACCCUUCAAAUGUGCUCAAUGUGACAGAUGUUUUAGGCAGUCAGGCCAUUUGCAACGUCACAUGAUGAUACACAGUGGAGAGAAACCCUUCAAAUGUACUCAAUGUGACAAAAGCUUUAGAAGGCCGGCACAUUUGAAUGCUCACGUUCGCAUUCACAGUGGUGUGAAACCCUUCGAAUGUUCUCAAUGCGACAAAAGCUUUAGGACUUUGGGGAAUCUUAAUUCUCACGUUCGGUUUCACAGUAGCCUGCGAACACCCUCCCGAUGUGUCCAGUGCAAAAAACAUUUUGAAACGGCAGGAGAUCUGCAAGGUCACCAUAGAAUUCACAAUGAUGAAAGACCUUACAAAUGUACUCAAUGUGACAAAAGCUUUAGUACCUUGGGAUGUUUGAAUACUCACAUGCAAAUUCACAGUGGUGGGAGACCCUUGAAGUGUACCCAAUGUGACAGGUGCUUUAGUCAUUCAGGGAGUUUAAGACGUCGCAUGAUGAUGCACAGUGGUGACAAACCCUUCAAAUGUACUUAAUGAAAGCUUUAGAACUGCAUGGAAUUUGAGUACUGACAUGGGGAUUCACAGUUGCAAGAAACCCUUCAAAUGUACCUGGUGUGAAAGGGGUUCGUGAAUUCUAAAUGGAAGCCUCUUGUAUUGCAAUAAGUCAUUUCACAGUGUUUUGCCUGGUUAGCCAAUGUAGCAAAGGCUUUAAAGAUGCCAGUGGAUUGAAGAGACACAUGUGUUAGGAGCUUUUCUUAGAAGAUCGGGAGAAAUUCACCUGCUGGAUGUGAAGUGAUGUUUCUCACUACUGUUGUGGAAUUCUUUAUCAUAUGUACAAACAUGGUAUUAAGGAUUCUCAGCUUGAAAAGAAACAAUUCAGGUUUGAAGUGAAGUGUGUCUGACAAAACAAGAGCCUAGUUUAUAUGAAGAACAUGUACUUUAGAGGUAAAUAUUACAUGAAGGUUAAGUUUUUUUAAUCACAGGAAAUGUGUCAAACUUUUUCAGCUUAGUGAAAACUUGACCAACACAAAGUACACUACUAAGUGAAUGAGCCUGUUAAGAGCCAGUGGGGGGUUCGCUUAUAAAAAAAGGGGGUGCUCGUCAGAAAUUUUAUUGAAGAACCCCUAAGAGGUACCAAGAUCUUGUUUUGUGGGUGCGGCUUGAAUUUUUUACCCCUCAGAGGAACAAUUCAUAGACAACACAUUAACUGACACUUUCAUUCUUUUUGGUAGUGAUAAAGAUGAUUGCUUUGAAUUCCUUCAACUUAUAAAGUUGAUUAUCAAAUAUCUGUCGUACUUUUUUUUGGCUCAGCACUCUAAGAGGUACCGCAAAAGCUCUCACUGUGGACUUUUCGUUGCUUAACACUCUAAAAGGUAGCAAAAUUGCUUUUUUAAACCACUAAAAGUUAUGACUAGCACCCUGUCCUUUUUACUCGGGAGUUCCUCCCCUGGAGUGAGAAGGGGGUGGGGCACCCCUAUACAGAUAGCUGUAUAGGGGUGAGACAAGACAAGACUGAAAGUUAGUAUGGGUAAAAGUAGAGACUUUGCUGUAUGUGCUGAACACUCAUUGGAUUCAACAUGACAAACAUUUUCUUUUCUUUCAGACCUGUGGAAACAAAGUUUUUUUGCCACCCCGAAUGUAAGAGGAAAUUUCAGUUAAAAGUCAUGUAACAGUGAAAGAAAAGCCUCUUGACUAUGAGAGAAAAAUCUAAUGUAUAUUUCCUUGCCAAUACUCCACAUG